AUGGAUCAAAGUCUGAAGAACGUCCUGGUGAUCUCCUUUGGGUUCCUGCUCCUGUUCACUGCCUAUGGGGGGCUUCAGAGUCUGCAGAGCAGCCUGAACAGCGAGGAAGGCCUGGGCACCGCGGCGCUCAGCACGCUCUAUGGCGGGGUGCUCCUGUCCUCCAUGUUCCUGCCCCCGCUUCUCAUCCAGCGGCUGGGCUGCAAGUGGACCAUCGUCGUCUCCAUGUGCUGCUACGUGGCCUUCUCCCUGGGGAACUUCUACGCCAGCUGGUACACCUUGAUUCCCACGUCCAUCGUGCUGGGCUUGGGGGCAGCCCCGCUGUGGUCAGCCCAGAGCACUGCCCUCACCAUCAUGGGGAGCAGGCAGGCCGAGAAGGAGGGCCGAGCGGGCAAGGACGUGAUCACCCGUUACUUCGGCAUCUUCUUCCUCGUCUUCCAGUCGUCGGGCGUCUGGGGCAACCUCAUCUCAUCCCUGGUGUUCGGCCAGACCCCCACCCAAGAGACCAUCCCUGAGGAGCAGCUGCUGACGUGUGGUGCCGCUGACUGCCUGGCAUCGGGGCCCAGUUCCAACAGCACCCAGCGGCCCUCCCAGCAGCUGGUCUACACCCUGGUGGGCAUCUACACAGGGAGCGGGAUCCUGGCGGUGCUGCUGGUGGCCGUCUUCCUGGGGCCCAUCUGCGAGCUGGCCAGCGGGGGCCCGCGGGAGGUGGCCCCGCUCUGGGCCACGCUGCUGGCCACCUUCCGGCUGCUCCGGGACAGGCGCCUGUGCCUGCUGCUGCUGCUGCCCCUCUACAGUGGCUUCCAGCAGGCCUUCCUGGCCGGGGACUACACCAAGUCCUACGUCACCUGCGCGCUGGGCAUCCAGUUCGUGGGCUACGUGAUGAUGUGCUUCGCGGCCACGGACUCGCUGUGCUCGGCCCUGUACGGCAGGCUGGCGAGGCACACCGGCCGGAUCCCACUCUACGUGCUGGGUGCCCUGACCAACUUCUCCUGCAUCGUGGCCCUGCUGCUCUGGAAGCCGCACCCCAGCCAGCUGCCGCUCUUCUUCCUCUUCCCCGGCCUCUGGGGCCUGGCCGACGCCGUGUGGCAGACACAGAACAGCGCUCUCUUCGGGGUGCUGUUCGAGAAGGACAAGGAGGCGGCCUUCGCCAACUACCGCCUGUGGGAGGCGCUGGGCUUCGUCAUCGCCUUCGGCUACAGCACCUUCCUGUGCGUGUCCGUCAAGCUCUACAUCCUCCUGGGGGUGCUGGGCGCUGCCAUGCUGGCCUACGGGGCCGUGGAGUACCUGGAGUCCCGGGGGCAGCGCCAGCCGGCCACGGGGGACGGCUCCGGCCACACGAGAAUGUGA